AUGUUCCCGAAACGACCCCGCUUAGGCAAGCCUGCGAAAAGCCCCAAAGGAAUCCUCGUCAAUAGUACUUCCUCUAUCAAAGAUGUUAAGCCUGUGCUUAAGAUGCCAGUGGAACCUCAACCCAGCCCACGAAAAAGAUGGCUCUCGGCUGCAACAAACACCAAAGAUCUAGGUGGUAUGAAAAAGGUGCCUGCAUCAAGUUAUUUGACUAUUCAUCAUGAAAUACUUUUGACUACAACUUCAUAUUUGCCGCCACCUCCGUCGCCAGUCAAUAAUCCCAUUAUCCAUCGCGGUGUAUUUGCUGGAACAUUACCGGACACGAAGCUCGACGAAGUGUACCCUGGUUGGAUUGACCGCACCAAAGCAAAUGCUCAGAAAUUCGGGGUUUCGGUCGCAAUAUAUCCGUUGGCAGAAGGAUUUUGGGUUAUAUCGCUCCAAAGCUCCACCGGAACAGGUCGCAAUGUCGAGCAUGCUAUGAGGGAUAUCGACGGUUUCGAGGACAAUUUGCUACUGAGCAAAUGCCGCCGGUCCAAACGCUCGCCCAAAGUUACGUGGAUGACCGCGAGUCAAAUUUCAUCAUUUAAGUCGGACUUAGAACUGUUAUGUACCGGGUCUGCGGCACUUUCGUUUUAG